AUGGUCACAGAAAAUGGAGAGUUUCAGUGGUCCUCUCGGCAAGGCGAACGUGAGACCGCCAGGAGUCGCAGAGUUCCGCCUCAUCUACGCCUCGAUCCCCUAAGAAUCCAUCCUCCCGAUCCUCGACCUUCUACUGCCGGCGGCGCACCUCGGUCUCUCUCCCCUCUCUUACCUCCGGUUCCGCAUCCUCCCCGAAAAUCACCUGCGUAUCCUCGUCCUGAUGACCCCUUUCACCGUCCGGCCUCUCCUCAAGUUGGAGGGACCGUGGAAUACGCCCUGAGAAGACCAACGUACCGCACUCCCACCUUCCCUCGUUCGCCCUCCCCGAAUCUCCCUCUGCCAUCAGAUGACUUUCAGCGUCCGUCUUACCGAAGGGGUCCUCCUCCUGGCCGACCCGGACUGCGAAUCUCCAUGUCGACGUCGAGGAUGCAUAGCAAGCGCCCGAGGGGACAGCAGCCUCACGAACGCUAUCCAAAUGACUCUCCGUCCCGAGGACUUGCGUUGCCUCGGUAUACGCCCAAUGGAUCUUCUGACGUCUAUGGAGACGAAGCGCUCCGUUCCAGCGUCAAUUCGGCAAUGACGUCGCGAUCAAGCAUUGAGCAAGCCAGUGGAACUGAACGCAGCAGUGUCUUGACGAAGAGCAGCUCCAUAACUGACCUGUCGCCGGACACUCCGGAUGGUCCGGACGAAAAGGACGGCGGGAUGAGCGUCGAAGACGCGAUUUCCAUGUACUUGGAUGGGUUCAGCGAUGUGACGGAAGAGCCAGCCUCACCGAACUUUAAUGACGACAGCAAAAUGAGGCCAAUCAGCCCACGCCCACCGACGGAAUUGACGUACGAUGAUGGACAUAGCUCCGACGAGCACUCUCCUGACCUCCUUCCUUCGGAUGACCUGCCGCCGGUCCCAUCUCUUCCCGGCUUGACUUCCGCGGACCGGAACCUCCAAGAUGAGCAGCUUUUGAAAGAAACCAAUGACGAAGAACCCGCAGUUGAGCUCUCGAAUGAGAAAGAGACCCAGGAAGCCCCGGUCGUCAAUCGUUCGGAGACAAAAGUACUGCUUUCCGGCGUUGUACCUCCUCCCCUUCUGCUGGGAACAAACCAUCGGGAUCGCUAUGGAUUCCGCAAGAAGACGCACUAUGUGACCCUUGAACAGUACGAAGCUUGGAAUGGUCCAUAUUCAGAGUUUGUGGCGAACCGGAGACUGAAAUGGGCAGAAUUGCUCAAGGAGAACGGGCUGCCGACGUCCGAACCCACGGUGUUCCCUGCCAGAACGUCCAAGGUGAAGCGGUUCGUCCGCAAAGGGAUUCCAUCUGAGUUUCGCGGGGCCGCCUGGUUCUGGUAUGCUGGGGGGUUUGAUCUCCUCAACCGGAACCCGGGACUCUAUGACCGGCUCGUCAAGGAAGCCAUGGAUUCUCCCAACAACGAUGACAAGGAGCACAUCGAGCGCGACCUGCAUCGGACAUUUCCUGAUAACCUUCACUUCAAACCCGAAUUUGUCGACGAAGCUAUGAACUCAGGUACUAGCUCUGGUAGCAGCAACCCGAAGUACAGCUCGGUCACCGUGGAGACUCAGAUGAUCCAGUCACUCCGUCGCGUUCUCUAUGCAUUUUCUCUCCACAAUCCCAAAGUGGGCUACACGCAAUCGCUCAACUUUAUCACCGGUAUGCUCCUGCUUUUUCUUCCGGAAGAAAAAGCGUUCUGGAUGCUGCACGUUGUGACGUCCGUCUAUCUGCCGGGUACCCAUGAGAUUAGCCUCGAAGGUGCCAACAUCGACCUCUGGAUCCUCAUGGUCUUGCUGAAGGAAUCUUUACCCCAUAUUUACAACAAGAUCGCUGGUAACACUGGCCGGUCGAAGACUCCGGCCCUGACGGUGGAUUCUCGGCUUCCGGAUAUCACCCUGGGCCUGACCAACUGGCUUAUGUCGUUGUUCAUUGGCAGCUUGCCUCUGGAGACGACGUUGCGUGUUUGGGAUGUGUUCUUUUUUGAGGGUUCCAAGACGUUCUUCCGUGUGUCCCUAGCUAUAUUCAAGGCCUGCGAGAAGGAUAUUCUUGCCGUAUCCGAUCCCAUGGAAGUCUUCCAGGUAGUGCAGACCGUGCCGAAGAAACUGCUCGACGCCAACGCAUUGCUGGAGGAUUGUUUUGUACGACGACACCGUGUCGGACAAGGUCGCAUAGAGGAGUUGAGAGCCUCCCGACGCGCGGCUGUCCGACAGGAGAAGUUGAGGCGUUCGCUGGCCAUGAGUAAGGGUCAGCUCCAGGCUGCCACGGAUGAGUGGCCGACCACAAGGUCGCGGACCCCUGUUCCUGGGUUUGAACGCAAAGUCGCCGAUUCAUGGCGUCAUAUGAGGCAACAUGCCUUUAGAUGA